GGACAUUGUCACGCCGGCUACAGCCCUCGUCGCCUUGAGGCAGGUUUACCAUGAGAAAUCCUUUGUUUCCGCUUACCGAGGUUAACCUCUCCCUGCUAAGAUAACCAAAUUGUGGAUCUAUAUGACCUUCAACGCAUUCAUCAGCUCUACCAAGCAUGAUGCCACCUUAUAAACUUGGCGCAUCUGGUUUUCUCUCGUAUAAUGCUCAGUUUCGCGUGCUGAUCUGUCACGAAUGCCAGUACGCCAUUCAAAAAAGCGCGCUGGAGAGUCACUUGCUCCGGCACAAAAUCUAUCGUGCUGAAAGACAGCGACUACUCGAAUCUAUCGCAAAUCUCGAACUACUUGAACCACAGGAUGUGCCUCUGCCGGAUCCGACAUACCCGCCUAUCCAUGGGUUGCCUGUUACGAAUGGAUAUUGCUGUACGAUAGACGGGUGUGGAAACCUAUGUGCUAGUGAGAAACGUAUGAAACGUCAUUGGAGUGAGAAUCACGGCGAAAUCAAUCACGGACGUGCUGAGGAUCAUGUGCGAGAGGUGAAGAUUCAGACACUUUUUCGCGGGACUAAACUGAGGUAUUUCGAGGUUAAUGUUUCAUCUGCGGUAUCGCUCGCCAUCACCAAUGGUGAAGAUGAUGAUAUUGAUGACGAAACAUACUAUCAAGAAAGAUAUCAUGAGGGAAUUCAUGGUACAUAUACAGCAGUAUCACCAUACAUGCGGACCGCACCCACAGUCGCUCUUAUGCCGCCUACCAUUGACGUCAACCUAGAGACGUUGACAUACUUUCACCAUUUCACCACCGCAACAAGUCCCAGGCUUCCUAUAUUCAGAAGCAUUAACUCCACAGCGCGCUACUGGCAAAGGGAUUUUGCUUCCCUUGCACUGCGGCGGCGAUGGCUGAUAUGCGGGUUGCUAGCUCUCUCUGCAUAUCAUAUGGCUAUUUUUGAAGAGAAUCCCGCCGUUAGGCGAGCUCACUGUGAGCGGGGGGCGACUUUCCGUGUCGAAUUUUCUGUAGGAUGGCGAAAUAUGAUAGAGUGCGAUGUGGAAAUAAUGGAAGAAGAUGAGAAGAACAUAGGCCAGCCGGUGGACUGCCUUCUACAUUUGGCACACCAGGCCACAAAUGGUACCAUCCCACAAUUACCGACCUCGAACUCCUUCCAACUACAGUUAUUCAUAACAACAAUUCAAAACUUCGACAUGCCCGGCUCCACAUUUCGCAUUACCAACGACCAGAGCAAUGACAGCGACACUAUAUCAAUCAUUGCUCAAGCAACUGAAGUUCUCAAAACGCCAAACCUAUCAGAAACCAGGAGCUUCAGCACAGCUAGCACCGGCCGAAAGAUUCUCUCUGUACUGCUCAACCGCCUUCACACACUCCCAUUCCUCAUGACGGAGGCAUUCGGCAGACCAAAAGUAGAGGAUCUCGCGGAUGUACUGGACACAGUAUCCGCUGUUGCCGCUUUGAUCGAAUGUUGUGAGAUCAGCUUUGCAUCGGACGUUGAACCAGCAACCAACCAUGACACUGAUCUAGCAAGAGCGGCGACCUUGGAGGCAGCUUGGCACGGUAUGACAAGGUGGUUGACCAAGAUCUCACCGCACUUUCACGACAUGAUAUCGCGUAACCAUCCAUCUGCUCUUACAAUGGUAGCACAUUGGGCAUUGCUAGUUGACUGGGCUGAGCGAUGCGGACACUGGUUCUUGAGCGGCGCAGCGGACAGCAUUAUGAAGGAGGUCAGGGGACAAUUAAGGAGAGAAGAUGAAGCAGUCCGUAACCUGGUCGAUGGCCUACUGUCUUGAAUAGUUUAGAGGUGUCUGACCCAUUAAGAGACGACACGCUUUCCGAGGAAUAUCGUUUGUGAAGGUUUUCCCAUCAUGCCUAACAUGGAUCUACAUCGAUUGAUUUACUUAUAUCCGGUCAAUUAUUGCACAACUUUGAGCCGGGAAUUCAUAGCAUCCUUUUGUAACUAUGAGCUUGUGGCUUUUUUGGACGAACGAAAACCUCACAUUCGCAGUGAAAGAGACAAAACACAGAAGUCUCAGAAACGGGGAUAUUCAAGUCUUAAGCCGCUUCCUUAUCUCCCUUCUAGUCAUAACAUCCCCAAAUGGUCAAAAAUUAGUAAUGC